ACGCCUUGCUUCACGCGUUUCUCGCGUCCUCCACCACCCACCAUGCCCCGCGAAAUCGUGACAGUGCAACUAGGCCAAUGCGGCAAUCAAAUGGGCUCCGUGUACUGGCAGCGCCUCUGCGCCGAGCAUGGCAUCAACAAAGAAGGCAUCCUCGAGGAAUGGGCCACCGAAGGAGGCGACAGGAAAGAUGUGUUCUUCUACCAGGCUGAUGACGAGCACUACAUCCCACGCGCUAUCCUCGUCGAUCUCGAACCGCGGGUCAUCAACAAUAUCCUAGCCUCACCCUAUGCGAACCUCUACAACCCCGAAAACAUAUUCGUCUCCAAGGACGGCGGUGGAGCAGGGAACAACUGGGCGCAGGGGUACGCAGCGGGAGAGAGGAUCUACGAGGAAGUCAUGGAGAUGAUCGACCGCGAAGCUGAAGGGAGCGACUCGCUCGAGGGCUUCAUGCUCAUGCACUCAAUAGCAGGCGGAACAGGCUCCGGCCUCGGCUCCUUCCUCCUCGAACGCCUCAACGACAAAUUCCCCAAGAAGCUCAUCCAGACAUACAGCGUCUUUCCCAACGCCCAGGAAGGUGACGUCGUCGUGCAGCCGUACAACUCGAUUCUCACGCUCAAGCGGCUCACUCCGACGUUUGAUCAGACGAAUCAGCUGGUAUCGACUGUGAUGGCAGCUAGCACACAAACACUUCGAUAUCCUGGGUACAUGAACAACGACCUCGUCGGGAUAAUCGCGUCUUUGAUCCCCACGCCCCGGUGCCACUUCUUGAUGACCUCCUACACGCCCUUUACCAGCGACCAAAUUGACAAGGCAAAACCCAUCCGACGAACGACCGUCCUAGACCCCAAGAACCGCAUGGUCUCCACAACACCCAGCAAAACAGCGUGUUAUAUCUCUAUACUGAACAUCAUCCAGGGAGACGUCGAUCCGACCGAUCUCGCGAAUUUCAUCCCGUGGGGUCCUGCUUCGAUACAGGUAGCGCUGACGCGGAGAUCGCCUUAUAUACAGACGAAUCAUCGUGUUAGCGGUUUGAUGCUCGCUAAUCAUACGAGUAUUGCCUCGCUAUUCAAACGCAUGCUCGACCAAUUUGACAGGCUGAGAAAGCGGAAUGCGUUCAUGGAGCAGUACAAGAAGGAGAAGAUGUUCGAGAAUGGUCUGGAGGAAUUCGAUGAUGCACGAGCAACGUGUGAUGAGCUAUUGAAAGAGUACAAGGCUUGUGAGAGUCCUGACUACAUCACAUAUGGUGGUCCCGAGGACGCAUCAUGAUCCGAUUCCGUUCCAUUCGCAUCUCCGAUAUUUAUCUCCCUUGUAUCUCUUUGUAGUAUCGCACACAAUAAGU